GCGUGACUCAUCUUUUGAAAACGAGUUCACUUACGUGCUGAUCAAUGCAUCUGAAGAGGCUGCCCGACUCAGGGCUGAGAAGUACUGGUCAAACUCCAGCUUCUGUCAGUACUAUUUAAGGACCCCAUGCCCCCGUUCGGCUCUUGUUCACCAGAAGCCUAGCAGUUCCGGACCAAUGCUCAUUCGCAACGCUACAGAGGAAGACAUUCCCGCUGCGGGGGCCGUUGCAGCAGCAGCAUACAUCGAUGACGAGCAGGAUGCCUUCAUGUUUCCCGGCCGCAUGAAGCACCCUCAACGAUAUCUGAAAACGAAAGAGAGUAUUGUUCGCCAUGGCAUGGAAGACCCAACCGCAACGGUGAUCGUUGCCACUCUUGAAGAAGGAGAUGAAGGCUGGAGCGGAAGGGCCAGUAUCGUCGGCUUUUGCAUCUGGUUUCGAGAGGAUAGCUACGAGACGCGCGAAAAGGUUCAGGCCGCUAAGAAGAAGCAGCCCCUCUUAUCGAGAAUAAAAGCCUCCAUCUCUGGCCUUGAGGCUUUUCAAUAUAUGUCUGACCUUAUUGAUCCACUUGUAUCGGCUCCGAAUGCCUCCAUCAUGGCUCGCACAUGCCGCCUUCCGUCCUCUACUCACUACUUUUGCCCCGAAAUUGAGAACUCACCUCAUUACGGUAUCAUGGAUAUUGCAGUGCACCCGGGAUUUCAGGGCCAUGGCGUCGCACGGAAGCUCGUUGAGUGGGGAAUUAAAAAGGCAAGAGAGGAGGCUAUUCCCAUUGAGCUCUCAGCAACGCCUGCGGGAGUUGAAUUAUAUACUAAGCUAGGGUUCAAAAAGGUUGGCAUUUGGCGAUGGAGACCGGGGAUGGAAGGGAGUGAUGGCAAGGGUGGGUGGGAUAUCAUGAGAUGGGAGGUGGAACAGUGACGUAUUUCAGUACGGGGUAAGGGAAUAGAUGGACUGGCUGGGUUAUUGGCAGCAUGAUGUAUUUAAG